UAACUUAGCACCUUCUUUGCUUUAUAUGAUGCUUCUUGAGUCUUGACACACCCCCUAUACCCCCACCCCAACCCAUAAGCAUUCCAACACAACAACUUCAUAUUCACUCAAAACACAUUAGCACACACACAUACACAAACACAAACAAACACAAUGGAUGCAAAUCUUUUAUCAUGCAAGUAUGAAGAUGAAGAGUUCAUAGACAUGGAAGUAAGUCUAUCAUCACAUUCAAAUUCACCAUCAAAAAGCAAAGAAUUUGAAUUCCAAAUGGCUACUAAUACCACUACGCACUCAAAUUCACCUGCUGAUGAACUCUUCUACAAAGGCAAACUCCUUCCACUUCACCUUCCUCCAAGACUACAAAUGGUUAAAUCACUUCUACAAAAUAGUAAGUUCAAAGAAGAUGAACAACAACAACAACAACAACAACAACAACAACAAGAGUUCAUCACAUUUUCUACACCAAUGGUUCAAUCAUGCAACAUAUCUCCUACUGAAUCUUGCAGGGUCAGUACUGAACUAACUCCAGAUGAAUAUUUCUUCGAAUGGUCAACUGAAUUAACCGGAUUCAUCGGUGAUCACCCGAAGAAGUACUAUGGUCCAUGGUCAAAGAAACUUAAGCUAAUCAAACAGUCUUCAAUAACUCAAAAGCUUAAAGCUUCAAGAUCUUAUCUCAAAUCUUUGUUCAACAAAUCUGCUUGUGGAUCAGAUGGAAACCCUUGUGCUAAACAAGAAGUUGAACAAGAUUGUGAUAAUAGUUUUUUGAAAAAGUGUUUAAGAGUGAGUAAAACAACAAGUGGUUUUGGUCAACUUCAAACAGGAAAGUAUCCCACAUUGGCAAAUGUCUUAAAGGGUAUUGAAGAAAAUGGUAAUGAGGAUGUUUUUGAUAGUAAUUGUAGCCAUAGGAAGUCUUUUUCAGGGGCAAUAAAGAGAAAGUGUUCACCACCUUCAACAUCAUCAUCUUCAUCAUCAUCUUCUUCAUCUUCAUCUUCUUUCAAUUAUUCUAAUGGGCUUCAUGAAUCACAUAUGUUAAAGAGGAAUAGCAGUGCUAAUUCAGAGCUUGAAGGAUCAAUAGAAGCAGCCAUUGAUCACUGUAAAAAAUCCCAACAGGUUUUUGAUUCAAGGAAUCAUGUGUUCUUUCCAAAAUGUACCUUGUAAUGAUCAAAUAUUAUUCUAGAGGCCAUUUUUUUAAUUUUAAUUUU